AUGUCACACGCAAGGUCACAUCCAGAAUCUGUGGAAGAAGCAGUAUUCAAGUACGUUGGCGUCGACCUGCAGGGCGGGAAGCAUAAUGAUGACGCCGACAGCGUAAGCGAGUUUGGACGUAGGCUUCAGAAAGAUCAACACCAUCACCAGCAUCACCAGCAUAAUGAAGUAUACCAUGGUGCUCAGGACCAUGGCCACGUAGGUAUGCCGAUGGGCGUGGCCAAAAAAAACCACCAUCAGCGCUUUGACCAAUUAUUGGCGAAUGACGCGCUUUCCAAGAAUGUCAGAAUGUCCAACAGUAGCUCUACCGGUUCAGCAAGCUCCCGGCAUUCACCUGGCCCAGGUACCACGGGGCCAGCCACCGCUGCAGACGUGGAAUGGUUUCUGCGACACGAAUUGGGUCCUGAAUCCGCCACGUCACCGGAGCUAGACGUACGAGGUUCGAGGGAGCCGCAGUCUGUAGCUGCUGCCGCGGUAGCCGCAGCUUUCGGUUCAGCUCAGGACGAGGAUAGUAGCGGUGGAAACAAAAUUCAUGGCGGUGCUACUGGCCUGAAAAAUCACCAGGUAUCUCCGGGUGGUAGAGUUAAUGUCGGGAAAAGUGCUUCAGGACGUCACAAGAGACACAAAGCGUCUGCCGGGUCGUCGAGGCAUAACCAAUUGCCUAAGUUACCGCAUCUGGGUGCCGUUGAUCCCGAGCUGGCCUCUUUAGAUGAUCCUGAAGAUGUAACAGAACAUGAGCAGUUGGUAAGAAAAGCUAUUCUUGAUGCUGAUUCGAUUGCACACCAUCCCGACUUCCAGCACUAUCUGAACACUGAUGAUGAUACCGACGACAGAGCUCGUUUGUCGUCAGUCUUGCACCACAAAAGUACACACGACCAUGGCCGCAAGAUUGAAGUUCUGCCGAAAGUCUCUGGCACUGAUAGCAGUCUUAUUUCACGCUCGGAUUCCGAAAAUGGUCCUGGUUCCCUUUUGAGGGGCCAAUCAAGAUCUGAUUUGCAUGGCAAUGCUGUCGCAGAGGGUGCUAGUCUGCAUACGGGAAGCAGCCACUCAAUAUCUAGAACCCUCUCGGGUGCAGGUGCGGGAAACGGCUCCGAUGAUCAAGAUAUCUCGCACCUGAUUCAAGAUGCUGCUGCAAAGGCAUCUAACUUCAUCAGUCCACAAAGCCAAUCUACGGGUAAAUCAUUUGAUGCCGCGGAGGAACAAGCGUUGGAACAUUUUAUAGGGGAAUACCAAGCCAUCAAGAGCUUAUCUCGCCGACAAAUAUGUGAACGAAUUUGGUCCAAUGAACGUCGCAAGGACGAUUUCUGGACAAACAUUUGUAAAGUGCUGCCUUACAGAACGCGAUCUUCGAUUUACAAACAUGUCCGUCGCAAGUACCACAUUUUCGAGCAACGUGGCAAGUGGACACCAGAAGAAGAACAAGAGCUGGCCACUUUAUGUAUUGAAAAAGAGGGACAGUGGUCAGAGAUUGGUAAGAUUCUGGGUAGAAUGCCAGAGGACUGUAGAGACAGGUGGAGAAAUUAUGUCAAGUGUGGAACUAAUAGGGCUUCUAACAAAUGGUCUGCUCAGGAAGAAGAGCAGCUCAAACAGGUGAUUUCUGAGCUUUUGGACUCGACAGGCUAUCCUAAUGACCAAAUCUUUGACACAGUCGACGAGACUCAAUUAGAUGCUAAAGGCGACAAAGUCUCCAAAAAAAGAGACACUAACUCGCGGGAAGCCAUAAAUUGGACGGUUGUGAGCGAGCGGAUGGGCGGAGCUCGAUCGCGAAUCCAGUGUAGAUACAAAUGGAACAAACUUCUGAAGAAGCAAGCCAUGAGCAAGAUCAAGAACAUCAGUGAAGAAGACAAGAUGUGGAUUCUAGAGAAGCUAAGGGACAUGGGAUUCACGGAGGACUCGCAAGUGGAUUGGGAUGAACUCGCGACAUUGAUGCCGGGGAGACAGUGGUCUGGGACCGAAUUGAAACUUUGUUACGAGAAACUGAGAACCGGUGUCAGAUACCAUAAAGAUCGAACCAUCAACCAGAUUUGCAAGGAGUUAAUUGGAACUAGAGAUGAGGGUUUACCCUUAGAUACUGGUAAUCUGUUAGGAGCGAAGCGUUAG